GUGUGAAAAUCUCGGAGGGCGCACCAGUUCGCCUCCAAAACCAAACUGAACGAACUGGUGCUUGUGUCUACAAUGAGAUAAUAAAGAAACAAAAUAAGCUAUUAUUACUCACACAGCAAAAAGGCAAGAACGAAGCUUUCAAUGCAAAAGUUAAUACACUCCAGGCAUAACUAUGGACAGAGUAUGUAAAUAUGUACAUUAAUGAAUUUGUAUAUAUGUAUGUACCUUAAUGUGUAUGGAAUUAAAAAUCAAAAGCGGUCUAGCGAGAAAACAAAACGAUUCGCAAAAAUAAUGAUUAGUAAAGCACAGAAUUGAAAAAGACAACACUCCUAAAGCAUUUUUAUACUAGCGCUCUUUGGCGUAGAUGAGCGCGUGGCGAUGGUAGACAAAUUUAAAGCGCGCGGCGUCCUAUAAUUCAGUCGGUGUUUGGAGAAGGUCGGUUCAGGUUCGGUUCAGUGCUUUGAUUGUGGGUGAAGAGCGGGCAUGUUUUUCUAAUUGUUAUCCACAAACUGCCAAAUUUUAGCAUCAUAAUUAUUUUCAAAUGCGCUUCUAAAAAUUUUUUAAAAGAAGUAAAUAUAGAACAAAUAUUUAUUUAUUUAUCGAAGUGCGGGUUGUGCAAAAACUGAAGGACAUUUGCUGUCGAAAAAAGUAGCGGAGCUGUUCAUAGUAGAGUAAAUCACUCAAAUAUGGAGCGUAUACUGCGUGGUAUUAUGCGUUAUCGGAAUACGACGCGCGAACAGAUGGUGAAAGAAUUCCAAAAAGUCCGUGAUCAUCCGGAGCCUAAAGCUGUUUUCUUUACUUGCAUGGACAGUCGGAUGAUACCGACGCGUUACACGGACACGCACGUCGGCGAUAUGUUUGUAGUGCGUAACGCCGGAAAUGUGAUACCACAUGCUCAUCAUUUCCAGGAUGAAUAUUUCAGUUGCGAGCCCGCGGCACUGGAAUUGGGCUGCGUCGUCAACGAUAUACGACAUAUAAUCGUGUGCGGCCAUAGUGAUUGUAAAGCGAUGAACUUACUAUAUAAGUUGCAAUGUGAGGAUUAUGCGUCACAACUUAAUCGACGUCUAUCGCCACUUCGCUCCUGGAUGUGGACACACGCCAGCAGAAGUCUCGAACAUUUCAAGACCUGGAAAGAAAACGGAAUGAAAGGACCUUUGGUAUUCUCCUCUGAAACACCAUUACGUCGUUUUGUCGCUUAUAUCGAUCCAGAAGAUAAGUUUGCCGUAGAAGACAAAUUGUCACAGAUACACACCCUGCAACAGUUGUCCAAUGUGGCUUCGUAUGGCUUCUUAAAACCACGACUUGAGUCACAUGAUCUUCAUGUACACGCGUUAUGGUUUGAUAUUUACACUGGUGACAUCUAUUACUUUAGUCGUGGUGCAAAACGUUUUGUUCAAAUCGAUGAAAGCACAGUGGGCAAGCUGACAGAGGAAGUGCGUCGUUACUACUCAUGACAACCUCAACUAAAUGUACGCAUGCAUGAGACUGGUAUAGGCUCCUUAAUAAUUGCAUGCUGACUGUGAUAGGAAUUUGAAUAUUUUGCACCUGAAUGCAAACUGAAUACCUGUACAUUACAGGCCAAUAUUUUUGAAUUUGAAUUUGUUUAAUUUCUUAUGUACACUACUUAAUAUGUGAAUGAGUGAGUAGAAUUUGCACAUAUUAGUGUACAUAUGUACAUAUAUAUAUAUAUAUAUAUAGAGGGAUAAGGGCAUUAAAAAUGACCGAUGUACAGAAAUUUUAUAUGGAAAGUUAGUAAGAAACACUUAAACUUAGUAAUCAAAGAAACGCUUAUGUAGAUGUAAAAAGUAUUUAUUAACCGCUUACAUUAACGUAUAGAUAGCAUAAUGCAGUAGCUUUACACAUCAUUAUUGUAACUAUAAAAAUAUGUGGCAUAUAUGUAUGUAUGAAGACAUUUCUGUACUGUAAACAUUAAAUUUAUAAUAAAGAGCGCAAAUUCUUUCAACUUUCA